UCGGGGUCCCGCCAGGAACUUCCCGAGACCCUCCCCUCUACCCCUCCCUUGUCUUUCAGAGAGGGAGGGAAAAAGAAGGAGGAGCAAUUGCCCCUCAACCCCCUGACUGGCUCCGCCCCGCUGCCCGGAAGGAGGGGCGCCAGAGUCGUCCCCGUCUCUCCCCCCACCCCCAGCUCCUCGCCUGGCCCAUUGCGCGACUAGGGCUGGCUGGCCCCGCCAGCGACACCCCCGACCCACCCCACCCCCCGCAUUGGCCUCCGCAAGCGCCCCGAGCCGGGCGGAGGGUGUGUGUGUGUGUGUGUGUGUGUGCGUGGGGGGGGAUUCCGGCUCGGCUUGAAGGGGCUUCGCAAGUUGCGGAGCUCCGCCCCCCGCUCUGCACCGAGUGACAACAACAGCAACGCGCGCCGCGGCCGGAGGGAGAGCCGGGCGGGCGGGCAGAGCGAGCGGGCGGGCGGGCAGAGCGCGCGGGGCGCGGCGAGAGGGUGGACCGCGCCGUCAGCAGCAGCAGCACCCGCCGGAGCCGCAGAGCGCGGAGCGGGUCCCGCCAGGCGGCAGCAGCAGUAGCAGCAGCAGUUGGUGCUGGGCUCAAGUUGGCGCGGACCGCGGCAGGGCAGCGCCCGGAGCGCCCCUCGCCUUAACCCGGCUCCUCUGAUGUGACCAUGGCGAUGCCGGCGCCGCUCAUCCCCGCCGCGCAGCCGGCGCCCCCCCCGCCGCCGCCCCCCGCGCCCCCCGCGCCCCCGGCAGCCGCCCCUCCCCGCCGCCCGCCCCGACUGCUCCAGCCGCCCCCGCCGCCGCCCCCACCACAGUCCGGCCUCUUCCGCCCGGAGCCCGGGGCGGCUGUUGCAGCUGCUGCGGCGGCCGCGGGCGUUGCUGCUGCUGCUGCGGCGGCUGCAUCGGCUUCAGGAGGUGCGGAGAACAGUUCGGGUCCUGGUCCGGCUCCGGUUCCCGUUCCGUGUCCGGGCGCGGCAGGCGGCGCCCCCCCGACGCCUUCGGGCAAACCGGUGUACUCGACGCCUUCGCCGGUGGAGAACACGCCGCAGAACAACGAGUGUAAGAUGGUGGAGCUGCGCGGCGCCCAGGUGGCCUCGUUCUCGGUGGAGGGCUGCGAGCUGAUCUGCCUGCCGCAGGCCUUCGACCUCUUCCUCAAGCACCUGGUGGGCGGCUUGCACACGGUCUACACCAAGCUCAAGCGCCUGGAGAUCACGCCGGUGGUCUGCAACGUGGAGCAGGUGCGCAUCCUGCGCGGCUUGGGGGCCAUCCAGCCCGGCGUCAACCGAUGCAAACUCAUCUCCAGGAGGGACUUCGAGACGCUCUACAACGACUGCACCAACGCCAGCUCCAGACCUGGUCGGCCCCCAAAACGGACGCAGAGUGUGACUUCUCCAGAAAAUUCCCACAUCAUGCCGCAUUCCGUCCCUGGUCUUCUCUCACCGGGAAUUAUCCCACCGACAGGUCUGACAGCUGCGGCUGCUGCUGCGGCCGCGGCCACCAAUGCGGCCAUCGCGGAAGCAAUGAAGGUGAAAAAAAUUAAAUUAGAAGCAAUGUCAAAUUAUCAUCCCAAUAAUAACCAGCACGCAGCAGAGUCUGAAAACGGGGACCUAAAUUCUGCUGUGGGCCUUGAGCUACCGUUCAUGAUGAUGCCCCAUCCGCUUAUUCCGGUCAGCCUGCCCCCAGCAUCUGUCACAAUGGCCAUGAAUCAGAUGAACCACCUUACCACAAUUGCAAACAUGGCUGCCGCAGCACAAGUACAAGGCCCUCCUUCCCGAGUGGAGACGUCUGUGAUUAAGGAACGAGUUCCAGACAGUCCUUCCCCUGCUCCAUCUCUCGAAGACGGUCGAAGGCCUGGUAGCCAUCCAUCCUCACAUCGUAGCAGCAGCGUAUCCAGCUCCCCUGCCCGAACCGAAAGCUCUUCAGACAGAAUCCCUGUCCAUCAGAACGGCCUGUCCAUGAACCAGAUGUUGUUGGGCUUAUCUCCAAACGUCUUACCUGGUCCGAAAGAAGGUGACCUGGCCGGCCACGAGGGUGGGCAUGACUCCAAAAGAAUUCACCUGGAGAAAGAUGAGACCCCGCUCUCCACACCAACCACAAGAGACAGCCUUGACAAACUUUCGCUAACUGGCCACGGACAACCUCUUCCUCCCGGGUUCCCGUCUCCUUUUCUAUUUCCUGAUGGAUUGUCCUCCAUAGAAACCCUCCUGACAAAUAUCCAGGGGCUCUUGAAAGUUGCCAUCGACAAUGCACGGGCUCAGGAAAAGCAGGUGCAGCUCGAAAAGACGGAGCUCAAAAUGGAACUCUUUAGGGAACGAGAACUGAGAGAAACACUUGAAAAACAGUUAGCGGUGGAGCAGAAGAACAGAGCAAUAAUUCAGAAAAGGUUAAAGAAGGAAAAGAAGGCGAAGAGGAAAUUGCAGGAAGCGCUCGAAUUCGAAACAAAGCGGCGAGAACAAGCCGAACAGGCGCUGAAGCAAGCAGCUUCCACCGAUAAUCUCAGGGUCCUAAAUGAUUCUCUGACCCCAGAGAUAGAAGCUGACCGCAGCGGGGGCCGAACAGAUGCUGAGAGGACAAUACAAGGCACAUCAAGGAAAUCUUCCACUUCUCAUCUUAAGCACUCUUAUGCCAAACCAGCAAGAUGGUAGAAAAGAAUGAAUAUUUCUCAAAUGGGCAUCAGAAGAUUCCUAACAAAACAAACAAAACAAAAAACUGAGGUUAGGAGUACACAAAACAAAACAUUAAAUACAAGUUUCUUCUUCCCCCCCCCAAAAAAAAUAUUCUUUCACACAGCCUUUGCAAGAGACCACGGUGUACCUUCUAAGAACUUAAACCAGUUUUAUCUCAACAAAAGAAGUACAGAGGUUGAACAGCAUUAUGUACGAUUUGCAGUAAUCA